CUGAAUGCUGACUUUAAUUAGGUUACACCUGUUCAAUUCCUAAACAUAAACUAAGAUGUACGUUUGCACUGAUAUUAAGCUUAUGAAUUUACUAGGAUCUAAAGGAAAUGUUACAGACGUCAGAUAAAUCUGAACACGACGAAUUCAGCACAGAUCAUGACGAACCUAAGGAUGUAAUAAGAGUUGAUGAAACUGUUCAUGUUGCAAUUCCAUCAGAGUACGAUUCUGAAAUACCCACGAACAUGACGUCCAGUCAACUCAGCAUAACCUCUAAUAAUAAGUACACUCAAACGUCUUCAAAACCUAAAACACGUUCUAUAAAAAUACAAACACAUAUAACUGUAAAUUCCUCGUUUUUUGACGAGGCGCGGCAAACAAAAACAGUAUCAACAUCUAGUCAGACUGUGGAUGCAUGGAAAUCAGCGGAGAGCCCUCACAAGGAAUACCACAGUGUUGAAGAACAUUAUCAAGAAAUGGACAUUAUAGAUAUUCGUGAUUCUAAAGAUGAAGAUUAUAUUCCUGAAGAAGAAUUGUCUGAUAAUGAAAGUGAUGACGAAGAUGUUGAAACUGAUUAUCAGCAGCAUAUCUUACUCGAAGGAAAACCUCCCCAAAAUCAAAUAAAACUCGUUGUUUUUGAGCAAGCGUUACUGAAUGCUUUCGGGAAGUGUCAACAAUGUGGAUCAAAAUGUAAAUUGUCUCUGGAGAAUCAAGUUGGACAAUCCUGUUCUAUUGCCGUAUCGUGUCUAGUUGACAACAGGCAUGACUUUAUCUGGUCAACCGGCCCCACUCUUAACCGAUUACCUGUGUUUCACUUGCUACUUGCAUCAGGAAUACUUUGUACAGGAAUGGAAUCAUCUAAAGCACUUAGACUGUUUAAAGCUUUAAACAUUCCACAUGUAAAGCAGAGAGAGUUGUCAAACCUCCUCAAAUUUUAUGCAGUGCCUGCUGUAUAUGAAGUCUGGAAAAGGGAACAGAACAAGAGGCUAGCAGAAAUAAGUGGGAAAUGCAUAACAAUUGCUUCUGAUAUGCGUGUGGACAGCCCAGGCCACAGCGGUCUUCUAGGAUCUGGGAGUACCUUAGAUGUAGAGAGGAACAUAAUACUAGACACACAAAUUAUCAAGAGUACUGAAGUCAAAAAUUCAAAUGCCAUGGAACUUGAAUCCCUUAAAAGACAAAUUUCUUUCUUGGAAACGAAUGGUGCAGAGAUAAGCAAGCUUGUGACGGAUAGGCACAUCCAAGUUGCAGCUUAUGUAGCAAAAGAGAAGCCUAAUGUUGAACAUACCUAUGAUGUCUGGCAUAWAGCUAAAGGAGAAAAGAAAAAGCUGAAUAAAGUAGCAAAGCAAAAAAAGUUCAAAUCAAUAAAGCCAUGGAUUCCAUCAAUUGUAAACCACAUCUACUGGGUAGGAAACUCUAGCAGCACUGCUGACGAGAGAAAGGAAAAGUGGCUAAGUCUUGUGAACCAUAUUGUUGAUAUCCAUCAGCAUAAAGAUAACAAGAUCUUCACCAAAUGUGAUCAUGGGCAACUUGAUAGAGUUUGGAUUAAAGCAGGGUCUGCAGCUCAUAAGAAGUUAACAGAGAUGAUAACCAGGCCUAGACUGGUUACUGCAAUUAAAAAACUGUCCAAAUAUCAUCAAACAUCUGGUUUAGAAGCAAAACAUUCUUUGGAUAACUUAUUGGCUCCAAAGAAUACAUACUUUUCCUAUCAUUCUCUAAGUGCUAGAUUGUUUUGUUCCAACUUGCACUACAAUGAGAACAGUUCCAGACCACAAGCCAAAACUGUUGACGGCAAACUCAAAUGGGCAAUCAGUUAUCCUAAAGCUUUCAAAGGAGAAAAGGCUGUCGCAAAGCCUUUGAAAGAAAAACCAACCUAUGGUAUAGUGUUUGUCUAGUGAAAGUACCAUCUAGAAUUCUUUAGUUCUAAAGGGGCAGAGAGGAGGGGAGASGCUUAUUGCAUAGGA